UAACUAACCAGUUACGGUCACUCUGGCAGAAUCAACAUAACGGACGUGUCCGCGGCGCAGUAAAACAAAAAAUAAUUAAAUUAAUCCAUAACUUUGCUGCGACACCACAAACAAACCGAAACAUAUCAAGGCAAAAAUAUUGCUAUUAAAUAUCUAUUCAAAUCGAACUGAUUCGUGCAGAGCGUCGUUAAAUUCUUCGUUAUGGAAAAGUGCCUCGGUGUGUAGGUGCGUGCGUAUAAUUAAACAAAAGUAUUAAGCAAAGUCGCAUAUUUUGCAAGUCCGCUGCGAAACAAACGACCAUUAACUGUCGCAACUGCAAACGCACUUCCUUUUUCUCCCGUUUUCUUUUUGUUUUUAUGGAUUCGCGCUUAUACAUUUGCAGCUGCUGUUUAGCUAUUUAGUGUAUGUGAUUGCCCGCUGUUGUUGUUGGCUCACCUCUCGUUAACCACCUUGAAUGCGCGAGAGUGAGAGGAGAGAAGAGAAGAGUGCAAAGUUGAUGCCCGAGCGUGUAUGCGUGUGUAACAACAAAUUAGCUGCGAAUGUGUGCGUGCGGCAUUAGUCACUCUCUUUAACUUUUAACUUUUGUGGUCCACCUUUUUUGGGCGCAUCAUCAAAAACAACAACAAAAAACCUACUAAGCCAACUUUACGGAUCGGUUCAAAACGAAUCGGAUCGGAACGAAUCGGGCAUCGUCAAAAGAGAGCAUGACCAUUCCAUCGAGACCGGCGCCGGCUCCGCCCGGGUCACGUGGCCAGAGCGCCGCGGCUGGGGCGAACGCCAGCCUAGAGCAACUGCGUCUCCAGCUCCAGCAGCAGCAUAUGCAGCAGCAGCAGGCGGCCGGCGGAGGACUCCAGAAGCUGACCAUAAAACUGCCGCCACCGCCCAAGGGUCCGCUGCAGUCGCAGAACGCACAGCACAAGCGGACCGCCAUUAAUAAUAACAACGGUGGUAGCCUUUUCGAUGAGCCCAUGGGAGGAUCGAGCAUCACAAGGAAGUUUCCGCAGGCACGCUACACGCCGGCCACCAACUGGGACGACGAUCCAUUCGGUGCGAACGGGAACGAUCGCUUCAAGAAGAUGCCACCGCCGCGACCGCCGCCACCCAAGGUGCUGGUUAAUGGGCAGAACAUGACCAAAUCCUCCACCUCGACGACAUCGGCAGUCGCCGGCGGUGGUAGUCUCAUCUCGAACAUCUUCCACCGCAAGAAGUCCACGUCCACGGCAUCCGCCGCUGCUACCAAGGCCGCAGCGCAAAGUCGCGUCUACGGCCUGAGCAGCGGUGCUGCCGGGACACCGAGCAGCAGCAACAGCAGUGCCUCCGCGGCGGCCUUCAGCAAUGUGGAUUGGAAUGCGGCCUGGAACACGGCCACCACCACCUCGAGCAGUAGCCAUAGCUCGCAUUACGCCUCCCAGCAGACGGCCGAUUCCCAGCUCAUCAGCUUCGAUUCGCCGCCCUCGUCGCCCACCUUUACCCAGAAGUCCAACAGCGACUGCGUCAGCGUGGACAGCUUCAGCUCGGACAGCAACUUCAGUUCGCCCAACAAUGGCAGCGUUUCGCAGCCGGAAAGCGGGUUCGAGGACGACUACCACCGAUCGCGGCCAUCCACACAGAGUCCGCUGGAUCCCUGGGAGGCGGUGGAUAGCGUUGGAAAUGGCGGCGUCGACUGCUUUGGCUCCGCUCCGGUGCGUCAGACGUACCAGCUGCAGGCCCGCACCUCGGACAAUCCGUUGUGCAACGGCAAGAGCCUGUUGCCGCCCACCCAAUCGCUGACCAUGCCCACGAUUAUCAAGCCGAAGAUAUCGCAAAAGCCGAAGGCUCCCAAGCCGCCACCAUUUAUCGGAGGCCUACCGCCAGGGUUCAGCAUACGAGCAGGAUUCGGAAGAACCGAGACUCCACCGUCGCCUCCGAUGCCCAAGGGACCGCCGCCACCGCUGCCAUCUGGUGGAGUCUCCCUGUUAGACGUGAUCAGCGGAAAAGUGGAUGCGCUGGCAUUGAGCAGCGGGAGCCACGGGUACAUCGAGGAGGAGGUCGUUCCCUACGCCAUUGCGCUGUAUGAUUUCGAUGGCGUUGAGGAGGGGGAUCUCAGCUUUAGAGAGAACGAGAAAAUAUAUCUGCUGGACCACCCAACACCGGAGUGGAUGCGCGGACGCACGCGUUCGGGAUGUGAGGGCAUCUUUCCUGCCAACUAUGUGGACAUUAAGGUGCCAUUGGGGGCCACUGGUGAAGCUAAUGCUGCUGCUCCAUAUGCUAGUACUGCAGCAGCCUUGCCCAGUCCGUCGCAACCGCAGCUGCCCACUGCGCUCUGUUUAUAUCACUUUCCCGGCGGAGUCGAAGGAGAUCUGGUCUUGCAGGAGAACGAAUUGGUCACAGUGCUUUAUAGAAUAAACGAGGAUUGGCUGUACGGCGAGGUGGCGGGUCGUCAGGGGCAGUUUCCGGCGAAUUUCCUGGACCGAGUGCCUGCCAAUCUGCCCACGUUGUAACCGUACAGAGUCCGCGAUCUAUAUAUUGUAUACCCGAGAACAUUUGUCGAUAAGCGAGAAGACGUUAAGCGAACUGAAUCAUAUACACACACAUAUAUAAUUGUAUUUUUACUAUAUUCUGUGCGAAAAAUAUUAAGAAACGAGCAUAUAGUCUAAGACAACUAAUUAUUAAGAAACUCGAAAAUUGUUUUAAUGGCAGCGAUCAUGCCUUCUCCUGUCCCAGCUUAUACACGGGAUCGAUUAAUUGAUUUUAUGUUUAACCCGCGAAUGAAACUGUUUCGUUACUGAAUAAUUCGAUAUAUAUGUAUUAGACACUUUUUGCUGAUCCUUUAAGUAUUCGCCCAAGUCCCAUGCACCCGAACCAAUAGAACAGGCAAAAAUAUUGUAAAUAAGUUAAAAUGUACGUGAUUUCUAUUAAUGUUUAAUUAUUUAAAUCGAGUUUAGUUAGACGCUUAGUUAGGCACAUUUACAGAUUCCAAUUUAUAAUGCAAGCCCUUUUGUUUCCAUGUAUUAAUAUUUCUUUAAAGUGUUUAGGAGAGUUCGGUGUGAAGUUGAAUGAUUUUUGAUCUGUCCACUGAAGAGUGCUAUCCUCACAAUUUGUAGGACUUAUCAUUUAUAAAAUAUCAGGAUAUCCUAGCAGUGAAGAAUGUAAACUGAAAUAAAUGAAGAUGAUCACAAAA